AUGACGUUCCCGUACUUCGACCCGGCCGAUUUCGCGACUGUUUCUCCCUCCGCCUCGUUCGCGUCGGCAUCCACCUCUUCCUCCACCGCCUCCGCACCCUGGGUCGACGCCUCCUCCUCGCCCUACUCUUCAUCGUCCGCCAUCGCCCUUCAAGCCUCUUCAUCGCAAUCGAGUCUCUGGACCGUUUCCUCCGCCUCCGACAACGAAGAACAACGAUGCCUCGACCUCCUCGACCAGCUCGAAGCCGAGGUCACCAAGCUCGGCGGUGACGGACAGAAGGCGCGCAAGAGGGCUUCGCGUAUCGUUGGAGGCAGGAUCGCGUUCCCUGUCGAGCAGGGAGACGUGUUUGGCGAGUUGGGAGGACUGGGAGCCCAGGCAUUCCUGACUGCCGCCUCGGAGGCCGCCGCAUACCGCGACUUGCACUCGACCAGGUCAACCGCGACCCUCCGUCCCGCCCACUCGUACGCCAGCAGCCCGCGCUCUCGCCGCUCCCGCCGUCUAUCGUUCACGCAGACAGACCUCGCCGACCUCGACAUUGACGCGAUCCUCGACGCCUAUGGCGAAGACGGUUUGCUUCCCUCGAUCUCGCUCGACGGACCGCCUGGCAGGCCCCACCGCUCGCCGCUUCGUGGCGCCAAGUCGCACGCCCAAUUUGGUGGCUACGACGCAUACGAGCGACCCGGAACGGCGCACUCGUCGCACUCGCUCCCCAUGUCCCGCAACCCGACCGACGAACUCUUCCCUCACCGCCGCGUCGCACCCUUCCCGACCAUCCAGCGCAAGAAGUCGGUCGCCUCGGUACGCAGCAAUCCUCGUGCUCGCGCACCCAGCGAUGCGCCCCCUCCUCUCCCUCACCUCCCGCCAACUCCCCAGUACGCCUCGUCUCCCAGUGGUCGCUCGCACCGCACCUUCACCUCCUUCGCGCGGCAAUCGACAUACUCGAACUCGUCAAGCGGCUCGUACACCCCGUCCAGCCCAAACGCAUCCGCCCGCUCCGUCGCCAUGCGCGGCUCGCUCUCUCGCGAUUCGCAAUACUCGAACUCUUCAGCGACGUCCGCCUCGUCCUACUCGGGCAACUCCUUCCGCUGGAGCGUUGCGACGUCGUCGACUGCCCCAUCCACCGAGUACAGCGACAACUGCUCGCGCCGAGGAUCCGCCUCGGGCUCUUCGCCUGCCUGCGUCGGCAUCUCGAGCCCUACGUCUCGCUCAACAGCAACGAUGGGUCGUUCGCCGCGCUUUGUCGCUCCUGUUGAGGAAUCGGAGGACGAGCAGGCGCAACACGACUUGCCCGUCUCGCGCCGCAGGCCUUCGCACGCCCAGCUUCGAGCGCGCCAGCGCCAUCAGGCGGACGACGAGGCGCACCAGCGGACCGACAAGGGCGGCUUGAUUAGUUGGGAAGACUUCGCGACCGAACUCGACGCCCUUCCUCCGCCUCCGCCCCUCUCGCGCCAGUUCCUCCCUUCCGCUCCGGCUCGCCCGGCGCCUCAGCCUGCUUCGAUCCAGCAGCCCUCGACGUACUUCUACGCCGAGCAGCAGGAGUUGGCGGCGAAGCAGAAGAAGGCGCACAGGAUGCGCAAGAUUAGCCUUGCGACGUUGCGGAUCAAAUGA